AGUAAUUUUUUGUUAAAAAUUUUAUAUUAAAUAUUUAAUUCAUGUUUAUUCCGAUUUUUGUUAACCUUCCUCUUUAAUUCGUUAAUUUCAUUAUGUUUGGAAUCGCCUUUAGAAGUUUAGUGAGGAGAUCUGAAGUUUCAGUUUCAAAAUCAUUUGGAAGUCUAAAUGACUGCUUCAAACUAUUUGAAACAAAUAAUUCAGUUCCAACUCAAGAGCUAUAUGACGCUUUUAAGUAUCUAGCUUCAGAUACCACAGUGAGAAAAAACGCAAUAAAGGAUGAAAGAUAUCCUUCAAUGCUUAAGCAGUUAGAUACACGUUUGAGUACAUUAAAUUCGUCAUAUUUGGGGAAUUUUGCACUCAGACUUUUACUACUUUCACAGUCGAAUAGCUAUUUGGAAAACGACCGUAAUGACAUGAAUGCUGAACAAACAAAAAAAGUAUUAGAGAAAAUAGCAACAACUAUGAUUGAUAAGGGAGGACAUGUAAAGGAGAUAACUCAAGUAGCAUAUGCAGCGGCUAGUUUGGGAGUGGUAAAUCAUCCGAUUUUCGAUUAUGAAAAACAACAGCUUACCCUUAACAUAGAUUUGGCAACUCCAGACUCGCUUAACCUGUCACUACAGACAGCAUUUAAGAGAGGAACGAGAGAUAGAGUUUAUCUGGCACUUUUGUGUGAAAAACUCACUGAACUCACUGAUAGGUUCACUUCAAACGAUGUAGUUAUGACACUAAGAUCCCUAUCAAAAACAGGAUUAUUGAAGGGGUUUCUAUUACGUAGACUUUUUACACUAAUGAUGGAUAAUCUUGACCAAUUUACGGAGACUCAACUUAUCCAGUCCUCCUACAGGCUGGCAACACUCAAGUUCUUUACUUCGAAUAAUUUUAAGACUGUUUUCAACGUUCUUAAGCCUAAAAUUGAAGAAAUGCCAUUUCACCUAAAAGUUGAGUUACUUGCUGCAAGCUGUUUGAGUAAUGUUGAGACUGAUAACGAGGAUAUGCUUAACUUGUUGGAUUCUAUAAAAAUUGACAAGGAUUACGAUCUUUUAAACUUAUCAGAUUACAUAUAUGCAUCAGCUUAUUACAAAAGAUACGGAGAUCAGCUACAAAAGGCAGUUUCAAACAUGACUAGCAAAACACCAUUUAUAGCAAGGAAAUACGCUUUACUUGCAAAAGAAGCGCUUGACACAAUUUCCCUAGAGUCAAAUCUGAAGAUAAACCUAUCAGAUUCGUGGAAGGAGGCACUGGAGAACUUUGAAAGAACAGAAAUGGAGAAGAUGGAAAACCAACCUAUUUACCAGGAAUCCAAAAAAAUUCUAGAAUCUACUGGGAAAUUCAAAUUCUUACAGAAAGUUGGACCUUUUCUGGUAUCAUUUGUUGACGAUGAGAGAAAAUUAUGUAUUGAUGUGGAACACAGCAAUCUUAUAAGCAAUUUAUCUUUGAAAUUAAGGAACCUUAAUGCACUUGGAUAUAAGGCAGCCGUAGUUAGAUAUUGGGAAUGGAGAAGAUUAAAAACAGAGAGUGCUCAGGCCAGUUAUAUAUCUAAAUUACUCCAGAGCUUUUCAGAAUAA